AGAUAGAUAUGCAUACAGCCAGCGAUCUGCGGCUAUAAAGCCAGGCACUUUCCCGUCGGCGGCUCAGUUCAGAACCUCAACUUCGCCGCGAUCGUGCAACUAUAUCCCAAUAUGCUCAAGUAUCUGAUCGUAGCUCUGGCACUGUGUGCUGUGGCCCAUGCCGACGACUGGACGCCCAAGACUGGCGAGGAGAUCAGGAAGAUCCGCGUGGAGUGCCUCAAGGAGAAUCCCCUGAGCAACGAACAGAUCGCCCAGCUGAAGAACCUCAUCUUCCCCAACGAGUCCGAUGUGCGCCAGUACCUGGCCUGCUCGGCCACCAAGAUGGGCGUCUUCUGCGACCAGAUGGGCUACCACGCCGACCGCCUGGCCAAGCAGUUCAAGAUGGACCUGUCCGAGGAGGAGGCCCUCCAGAUCGCCCAGAGCUGCGUGGACGACAACGCGCAGAAGAGUCCCACCGACGAGUGGGCCUUCCGUGGACACCAGUGCAUUAUGGCCAGCAAGAUCGGCGACAAGGUCAGGGCCUUCGUGAAGGCCAAGGCGGAGGAGGCCAAGAAGAAGGCCGCCUAAGUAUUGAUGUUCCAUUUGACCCCCAAUAAAGUGUGUUCAUCUGUGUGUGCUGGAAUGCAACCAUUCGAA